AGAAAGUCCAAUAAUCCAUCAACAAAAAUUAUGCAUAAAGAUGUGGCAGGAUCACCCUCUUCAUAACUUGUAGUCAGGAACAGUAGAACUCCUUACCAAACCAAUAAGGAAGACGCAGAACAAAUAGUCUUGUCCGCUUGCCAUUGUCUCCAAAUUCCCAAAAUGGCCACGGCUUCAGGAGCAUCCAAAUCAGCAGCCUUCUUGCUCUCAAUUAUAAAUAUUGCCCUGUAUUUCAUCAUUAUAGUAAUUGCUUCAUGGGCUGUAAAUCAUGGGAUUAAAAGAACUCGAGAAACAGCCUCUGUUUUAUCAAUUCCUGCCCGCAUAUUUCCAAUAUACUUCCCAAUGGGAAACAUGGCAACAGGUUUCUUCAUCAUUUUCUCCCUUCUCUGUGGAGUAGUUGGCAUCGGUACCUCACUUACAGGACUCCAUAAUAUUGUUCAAUGGAACGUUCCAAACUUACAUGCGGCUGCUGCCUCCUCCGUGACAUCCUUGUCCCUCACUCUGCUAGCGAUGGGAUUGGCAUGUAAAGAGAUUAACGUAGGCUGGACAGACUCGAACUUGAGAACUCUUGAAGUUGUGACGAUAAUAGUGAGCGCUACCCAAUUGUUCUGCACCGGUGCUAUCCAUGCUGGGGUUGGAGAUGUUACUGCUCGAUACGGGGCAUAAUUAACACAUAAUUUCCUAUUGAACUCUGCAUAAUUGUGAGAGAAGAUGCAUUUGUGUAUGAGAGUAUUGAAUAAAGAAGCUUAAUGGUUUGAUUUGCCAAAUAAUUGUGUUUUGAAUGUUUAUGUAAUUACAAUAAUUAUUUUUAUUAUCUUAAUGUUAAUUAAGCCAUGGAGCACAACUAUAUGUUGUGUUUUUGUAAA